UCGAGCAGACAUCCGGGUCACGCGCCCUACAGAGCGGCCCACCGGCCAGUGCCUCCAUGUCCGCCGCGGUGCUCGUAGCCGCUGUUGUCGGCGGAGGUGUCCUGCUGCUCAUGCGCCGUUUGUUCCCACGACAGAAAGCCGCGCAGCUCCUGCGCUACCCAGCCGACGCCAUGCGGGGGAAGACGGUCAUCGUGACCGGGGCCAACUGCGGCAUAGGGAAGGCCCUGGCCGGGGAGCUGCUGAAGCUCCGCGCCCGGGUCAUCAUGGCCUGUCGGGACCGGCGGGGCGCCGAAGAGGCGGCCGAGGACCUCAGGAAACAAGCCGGGCCGGAGCAGGGGGAGGUGGUCGUCAAGCACCUGGACCUCGCUUCGCUCAAAUCGGUCCGGGCGUUCUGCGAGGAGAUCAAAGCGGAGGAGUCCAGGAUCGAUGUGCUCAUCAACAACGCGGGAGUCUACCAGUGUCCCUACACAAAGACAGAGGAGGGUUUCGAAAUGCAGCUGGGUGUGAAUCACCUGGGCCACUUCCUCCUCACCCACCUCCUGCUGGACCUCCUGAAGGCCUCUGCUCCCAGCCGCAUCGUCGUCGUGUCCUCCAAGCUCUACAAGUACGGCAGCAUCAACUUCGACGACCUGAACAGCGAAGCCAAAUACGACAAGGCCUUCUGCUACAGUCAGAGCAAGUUGGCCAACUUGCUGUUCACGCUGCAACUGGCUCGCGAGCUGCAGGGCACGGCGGUCACGGUCAACGCUCUCACCCCGGGCAUCGUGAGGACCAGCCUGGGCAGGCACGUUCAAAUCCCGCUCCUGGCGAAGCCGCUGUUCUACCUCGCCUCGCGGGUCUUUUUCAAGAGUCCGUUGGAGGGGGCCCAGACCCCGCUCUAUCUGGCCUGCUCCCCCGAGGUGGAGGGAGUGUCCGGGAAGUGCUUCGCUAACUGUGAAGAGGAGGAGCUGAUGGCCAAAGCUACGGAUGAGGAAGCAGCCAAGAGGCUGUGGGACCUGAGCAGCCGGAUGGUUGGACUCGCUGAUUGAGCGUGUUGCUGUAAUGUGGAGUGCGUGUUUUCUUGGUAGAAAGAAAUAAAGUGGCCCCAGACGCUGCUCUGAGAUGACUUGUGAGAAACUUCAAGCCACCACCUUUGUAAAUUGACCUAUUGUGGCAACAAAGUAUGUAGGGCUGCAACUAACGAUUAUUUUGAUAAUCAAUUAAUCGGUCGAUUAUUUCUUCGAUUAACCGAUGAAUCGGAUUAAAAAAACAGCAUUAAAAAGCUUUAAUUUACAACCCUUUAUUCUAAAACAGAACUGCAAAUUCACAUUGCAAAAAUACUUCAGAAAGUACAGAUUGCUCCUUGAACAUAAUCAUUUAUAAAAAAAAAAUAAACAAAAAAUACAAAUCAGAAAAUGUAACAGGAUUUGUUUUAACGUCAGAACUUGUUCUCUAUUCUACACUCAGAGUCUCCCUCACAAACACAAAAACACGCCCAUGUUCACUUGAAGCUUAUUCAUUAAAUAAUUACCAUCAUUGUAGUGCAAGUUAAGUAAAUGAAGUACAGCUAAAAAACAACCAAGUGCUAUAGUGCUAACUUUCAAUUAUCCUUUUAUUCAGUCUUUCUGAUUGAAUUGAGUACAGAUGGAGUUGACCUGCAGAAAGGUGUCUAAGGUUGCAUCUGUCAGGUGUCAAGUUGGGAGAAUCGAUUCGAAGUGGAGAAUCAAAGUAUUGAAUGGGUUUCCGAUGUAUCGGUUCUUUUUUUUCCUUUUCUGGAGAGAGUCACUUUCACCACAAUCCACCAGAUGUGUUGGCUGGCUGCUGGUAGGCGGGAGGAGGUGCAGGCGAAUAACAUGUUGAAUUAAAAUAGGGAGUCCCAGAUCCCUGCGUACUUACGGUCCUGCAAUCUGCUUGAUGUUUUUCACGCAUUGAUGAGAAUUCCAUUCGUGAACAUGUGACAUUUGAGGAAUAACGGAACAAUCUCUUGGCUCGUAUUUCCUGUCAACAACACAAAACACUUAAACAGUGAACACUUUCAGGGCUCUCACGUGUCACGCACGUGCAGUCUUUUACACAGUAGUUACCAACUCCUUGCCAACGCUUUCAAUAAUCGAAUUUUAUCGAUUCAUUGUUGCAGCCCUAGAAGCAUGUACAUUUGUGUGGGUUUGAGAAGAAAAUAUAUUUAAAGCUUUGAAUAAAAACAUGUAAAAAUGGU